AUGUCCACGUUUCCCGACUACUACCGUCUCCUCAACAUUUCUCAGUCUGCGACAGAGGAUGAUAUCAGACAGGCGUACAAGAGAGAGUCUCUCAAGACACAUCCAGACAGGCUAACACAUGCGUCUCUGGAGGAGAAGAAGGCUGCGACGGAGAGGUUUCAGGCCGUAGCGGACGCCUAUUAUGUUCUCUCAGACAAGACAAGACGGAGAGAAUAUGACACCCUGUAUGCAACGCGCGGUCCCUCCGAGAGAUCAGGUGCGCCUGGAGCUUCGGCGAACUUCUUCUCUGCAUUUGGGAACAUGUUCGGCGGAAAUGGCAACGGCGCAGAAAGUGCGACGGGCGCGACAGCAGCCGACAGACCCGAUGCGGACAAUGUAUUUGGAGAUGUCUUCGAAGAGCUGCUUCGACCAGAGGUGGAACGCCAUGCGCCAUGGUGGUCGUGGUUCGGUACUGCAUGUGGGGCAGGCGUUGGGUUCAUCGUGGCCAAUAUUCCCGGGUUGAUGAUUGGUGCGGCCGCGGGAAACCGUCUCGGCGCCAUCAGGGACGCUAAAGGACGGAGCGUCGCCUCUGUGUUUGCGGAUCUGGGUGGUAACCAGAAAGCAGAGAUACUGAAGGCCCUUGCUGCGAAAGUGUUGGGCGCUGCUGCGGGCUCUUUGUGA